AUGGGGUUUCACGUGGUGUUACAGCUGCAGAAAACCCAAUAUUUGCAACUGGGACAGAGUCGUGGCCAGUACUACGGUGGGUCGCUGCCAAAUGUGAAUCAGAUUGGAAACAGUGCCAUGGAUCUGCCCUUCCAGCACAACGGAGCUCUGGCAGAAGCCUUUGGAGCAGUUCCUGUCUCUUUGACUCCUUUUCAGUCGUCAGCUUUGGACACGAGCAGAACAACCCGGCAUCACGGGCUGGUGGACAGAGUGUAUCGUGACAGAAACCGCCUGGGCUCCCCGCAUCGACGCCCUCUCUCUGUGGAUAAACACGGAAGACAAGUGGACAGCUGUCCCUACGGCACUGUGUAUCUGUCACCUCCGUCGGACACGAGCUGGAGAAGGACAAAUUCUGAUUCUGCCUUGCACCAGAGUACUAUGACCCCAGCUCAACAAGAAUCCUUUUCAGGAGGGUCACAGGACAUGCAGCAGAAAAGAGUUCUAUUACUGACUGUCCCUGGAAUGGAGGAAACCACCUCUGAGGCAGACAAAACUCUCUCUAAGCAAGGAUGGGACACUAAAAAGACUGGGUCAUCAAGACCUAAAUCAUGUGAAGUUCCAGGAAUCAACAUCUUUCCAUCAGCUGACCAGGAAAACACUACAACACUGAUUCCUGCCACGCAUAACACGGGUGGCUCCCUGCCAGACCUGACCAACAUCCACUUCCCUUCCCCGCUCCCCACACCCUUAGAUCCCGAGGAAUCCACAUUCCCAGCCCUGAGUAGCUCCAAUAGCACCGGGAAUCUUGCUGCCAACCUGACUCACCUGGGCAUCAGCACCGCCAGUCAGGGAAUGACGACGACGCCAGCCCCUUCCCAGCAGCACCGUCAGCCGACGGUCAGUCCCCUGUCCCUGGGCACGGACUCGCGGCGACCACAGUCCCAGCAGAUGUCUCCGACGCUCUCCCCUCUGUCACCCAUCACUCAGGCCGUGGCUAUGGAUGCGUUGUCUCUGGAGCAGCAGCUUCCCCCCUACCCUUUUUUUACCCAAACAACUUCCCAGCAGCAGCAACAGCAGCCCCAGGUGGCGAGUACCCUGCCCCAGAACACUCCUCUCAUGCAGAGCUCGGGCCUUCAGCGAGGAACGCAGCUCCCACCGCUCUCCGUCACCGUCCCCUCCACCAUCCCCCAGUCCCCCCCGGGCAGCCAGACCCAGCCCUCCAUGGGAAUAGACAUCAACUCGGCUUCACUCCAGCAGUACCGCAGUAAUGCUGGCUCCCCAGCCAACCAGUCUCCCACCUCUCCUGUCUCCAAUCAAGGCUUCUCUCCUGGCAGCUCCCCUCAACAUUCUUCCAUUCUGGGGAGUGUAUUUGGUGACUCCUAUUAUGAUCAGCAGAUGACAGCUAGGCAGGCUAAUGCCCUAUCCCAUCAGCUGGAACAGUUUAACAUGAUAGAAAACGCCAUUAGUUCCAACAGCCUGUACAGCCCCUGUUCCACCCUUAACUACUCCCAGGCAGCCAUGAUGGGACUCACGGGCAGUCAUGGCAGCUUGCAGGACUCACAGCAGCUCAACUACUCCAGCCAUGGAAACAUCCCCAACAUCAUUCUUACAGUGACGGGAGAGUCCCCUCCCAGCUUAUCAAAAGAACUGACCAGCUCCUUGGCGGGAGUGGGCGACGUCACCUUCGACGCGGAUUCCCAAUUCCCUCUGGAUGAACUCAAAAUUGACCCUUUAACCUUGGAUGGACUUCACAUGCUCAACGACCCAGACAUGGUCCUCACCGACCCCGCCACAGAGGACACGUUCAGGAUGGACAGGCUGUGAAGGCAGGGAGGGGACACCGGGAGCCUGGGAAUGACCCUUUUGUGUUCCUUGGAGCCCAGCCCGACCGGAGAGUCCGAUGGGUCAGUGGUUUGGGAAGAGGAGGAGCUGCUGGGAAGUGGUGGCUCCGUCCUGUUACAACCUUGUACCAUGAGUAAAGCUUGUCGUUCUGAGCUUGCAGCGCUGCAGCCCCCCGCUCCCCGGCGCGCCCUUCGUCACCCCGCUCAUUGCCAUUAACGAGGAAGGAGUUUCCAUCACCCUUUUUUUCCUCUCCGGACCCCUCUUCCCCCUUCCCACCCUUCCCCCCCCCCCCACCAAAGCUCCAGCGUUAUCAAUUUAUCCUUUGCACUAGAAAAGGGGGUGGUGGUUUUAUUUUUUUGGGGAGGGAGGUUCAGAGCGAAGGGUCAAGCGAUUCUUUCCAUCCUACCAAAUUAUUGGCUGCUGUUUGAGAGGGGGAGUGAUGUCUGUGUGUCCCCCUCCCCUUUUUUUGUGUGUGUCCCCCC